AUGAACCAGCCCUACCCUCUUACUAAGGAGCAAGUUCGCCUGCUUCUUCUUUAUGACUUCCGAAUCGAGAAGAAGGCAGCCAAUUCCAUCGCUGACAUCAAUACCGCGUUUGGCCCGGACACUGUGUCCAAGAGCACUGCCUAUGAUUGGUACAGUCGCUUCCAGAAAGGAAAUGAAAGCCUGGAAGACCAGCCACGCACCGGUCGUCCUUCGGAGUUUGAUAACUCUGCCUUGCAGGAGGCACUGGAGGCCAACAACCGGCAAACAUCGCGAGAGCUUGCGGACUUGCUGGGUGUCUCCCAUACAACUAUCCUUCAUCAUCUGGCUGAGCUUGGCAAGAAGGCAAAGUUGGGGUGCUGGCGAAGGCACAUGGAAGAACCGAACAGUCGGAAUGGGAGUGAAGCUGGUGAAGAGGCACAUGAGAAUGGGACGGAAGAGCAAGAUGAAGAAACCCCGGCAUCUAUUAGUGUUGUUGAAACAGGAGUUGAAAGACUGAACACACCGGAUACUCUUCCCAGGUCACUUUCGCAAAAUGAAGACCACGGAGUUUUCUCAGAUGGGCUUCUCCACUUGCGCAAGAAACGGUUGCAGUUUGAAGAGGAAACUCAGCAAUGGAAGAAGAAAUUGGAGGAAUAUCGAGAACUGGCAAACAAGAGAGGGACCCCUCUUUCUCAGGCUGGCCCAAGCUUUGCUUCCUCAUUUUCACGGGAAGAAGGAGAUGCUGCAGGAAUUGUGACACCUGAAUUGGAAGAAAAAUGGCUCCUUGGAAGAGAACGUCUCAAGCAGCAGCAAGAAACUGCAGAGAAAAUGAAAGAGCGUAUCCAAUCCUUAUCAAGACUGGAGACCAGUUUUUCAAAUGAUGUCUCUUUGGACAGGGAAGAAGAACCCCCACCAAAGGUGGAGGACUUGAUUGCAAAAGUUUCUGUGCUUGAAAAGCAAAAUCUUGAAUUACAGGAUAAGGUGUCUGAAAAAGAAGAGGUAAUCAGGUCCAAGAUUGAUACAAUUGCAUUCUUAAGUAAAGAUUUUAGCCAGAAGUCUCAUUCCUCCUCUGAUGAUGUCCACAAACUCACUGAUCAGAUCAGUCAACUUCAGUUGAAGCUCAACACCCAGGAGCAGGCUUGGCAAGCAGAAAAGAAGUCAUUUGAAGACCAGCUUGCUGCUAAGGAACAUAAGUUAGAACAAUUGAAAGCUGAAGUUGAUCAACUCGAUGUGAGGUUUGAGGAGGUGACAAAGGAGAACAGGGACCUGAAUACCAUGUUGGACAAGAGAGAGCAGAAAAUUGAGUCACUCUAUGAAAGGAUAGAUAGGCGUGAAGCCUACAUUGAGGAUAUGGAGCAAGUCAUUACAGAUCUUGAGGACAAACGUGAGGAUAUGAAAAAUUACAUCAAGGAUCUCAAAGAUGAGAUCAGGAAUCUUGAAGUUAAGAAUGAGGAGCUGGAUGUGAAUAGGUUGCAUGCCCAAGAGGAGAACAGCAAAAUAUUGGCAGCAGAAACAGCUACACUUCAUCAGGAGCUUCAGGAUAUGAUUGAUAAGCAUCGUGAAUGCAGCUCUGCCCUAGAGGUGGAAAAAUCCCAUACCUUCAAGUUGGAAGAGAAGUUGAGAAUGACAGAGGAAAACUUGAACCAACACAUAAAAAUGAUGGCUGCUAGGCAGCAAUUAGAUGCCGAGAGUGCUCAACAAGAGAUGAAGAAGUUCCAGGCUGAACUUGAAACCUGCCAAGUGAAUUUGAUGAAUCUGGGAAAUGCAAUCAGCAUGAAGGAUGAAAUGAUUCAGAAUCAGUCUGGUGAAUUAGAGCAUUUAAGCAAAGAAUUACAACUGCAACAGCAAAAGAUGACUGAGCUGCUGGAGGAUAAAAGAGCUUUGGAGAUUGACAGGGACAGAUUGACUUCCAAGCUUGAGGAAUUGCAACAGGAGAAGGAUUUCCUAUCUGCUGAAAUUGAGAGACUCCAGCAAGACAGGAAUGGAUUGAAAGAGGAAAGUAGUGCUCUACAAGCUAAAUGUAAUUCCCUGGAAGAAGAAAGAAAGGGUCUUAUCAUGAGAUGUGAAGGUCUUCAAGCAGAGAAAGAGUGUGAAACCCAAAGCCAUGGUGUCAGCAAGGAAGAAAUAAAGCAGCUUAAUGCACAACUCUCAGAACAGAUAUUUCAAAUUGAGUCCCUGCAGGCUGAAGUAGAAGAAUUUAAACAGGAGAAGGAGAAUUUGAUUGGAAAGUAUAAAUGUGCUGAGGAGGAAAUAGAGACCCUAAACAUUGUAUUAGAAGAGAAAGACAUGAGAGUGAAGGAGAAAGAAACAUUCCUCGAACAGAUGAAAGGUACUGAGACUGAAAAAGACCAGGUUAUAAAGAAUCUCUUGUCUGAGCUGGAGCAACUUAGAGCUCAUGUGUCUCAAUUGAGUGCUGAAAACGAAUAUGAGAAAAGUAAGGUAUUUGAUUCAGAAGAUAAGCUGAAGAACCUCUGUGAUCAGCUGAAAGAAGGGGAUGCAGAGCUCAGCAAGUUGUCUGAAGAAAUUUCCCAGAAAGAUGAAGAGAUUGCAUCUCAGAGGAAGGAGUUGGAUGCCAUGAGUAUCUCCCUCUCUAAAAAGGAGGAAGAGAUCUCCCAGCUGGAAGUGAAAUUGAAAGAAUAUGCAGCCAAUGCUUAUAACACUGAAUCAGACUUGAGAGCUCAGCUUGAAGCCACUCAGGCAAAGGUGCAUAGCUGGCAGAAAGAGAGUGAUACCUUCAAAGCCAAAGCUGAAGCAACAGAAAAAGCCCUGGAAGAAAAAGUAGAGGCAUACAUCAUGCUUCAAGAAGAAAGUCAGCAUAAAUCCAAGACAUUGGAUGACCUCAGGAUACGAGUGGAUGCAAUGGAAAAGGAGCUCCAGGAAACUGAGCAGAAAACAAGAAGUGAGUAUGGUGAGCUAGAUGAGCGUUGCACCUCUCUGCUUGUUGAAUUGAACUGCAAGGAGACUGAAGCACAGUGUAAAGAUGAAAGAAUUGCAGCUCUGGAAUCAGAGGAAAAGGUGCUUCAGGAUACCCUACAUAUCAUGGAAGAGAAGGUCAAAGACCUUGAUGCUCUUAGGGAUGGCAUUUCUGAACUCCAGGCACACUCAGGUGAGGCUAAGCAGCUCAGGGAAGAGUUACAGAGACUCCAAAGUGAAAUUGAGAGAAAAGACAAUUUCAUUUUGGAAUUGGAAGAAAAGCUGACAUCUCUAGAGGAAGCUCAGGCCAAGAUUACUUUCUUGGAAGGAGAAGUAUAUCGGCUGAAGGAUGAGAUGUCAGAGAUGAUUGACAAGUGUGAUGCCAAGGAAGGAUCGAUACAAGGCCUUAUGUUAGAGAAGAAUGAAUCAAUGGAGCGGGAAGAAACCCUGCUGGCCCAAAUACAUGCCUUGGAGAAGGAGAUUCGUAAUAUGAAAGGUGAUAUUGUGGAGAAGAAUGCCAUCAUCAAGCAGUACGAAGAAGAUGCACAGGUUACCCGCUAUGAUUGGUCAGCUGAGAAUGCCCUCCAAUGCCAGAACUUGCAAGAUGAGCUCAGUGCUCGAUACACAGAGCUUGAAAGCAAGGAUGUGGAGCUGAAUGAGAUGUCAGCAGAGGUUGAAACAUUAAGGAAGGCACUGAAGGAACUUAAUUCUGUUUUGGAGGAAAAGGAACAUAUGACAUCUGAAAAAGACACUGACCUCCUUACACUUCAGGAUGAACUGUGUGAAGCUAGACAAAAGAUCACAGAAUUGGAGGAAAUGGUCCAGAAAUCAGAGGAGGAGCGGGAUGCCACAAAAGCACGUUUAGAAGAACGAGAAGCAGAGGACAACUGGGGAGAUGGAUGGUUCCAGGAUUCAGAUGGGGACAUUCGACUGAAAGAUCAGAUUGCAGCUCUUGAUGAACAGCUUGCAGAAAAGGACAAUCAAUUAGGAGAAGUAUGCAGUGCCUUGGAAGAGAAAGCUGAAGAGCUUCGUCAUGCUCAGCUCAAUCUUCAAGAGUUACAGAGUCAGGUCCAGAGUCUUGAGGAGGAGCUUGCUACUGAGAAGGAAGAGAAUCAGCAUCUCUCAGAGAAGAUCUCUUCAUUGGAGAGGAAUAUCUUCAGUGAACAUGUUGAAAAUGAGAUUGAUGAGAAAGAUGAGUUUCUACAGAACCUUCAGACUGAUUUGGAUCAGUCUAAAUCCACUUUGCAGAAGCUGAAAUCAGAAUUCGAUGAAGCUCAAUGUGCUUUAGAGAAUGUUAGGAUGGAAAAAGCUGAAUUAGUGAAGCUGUUGGAGACUCAACAGGGAACACAAGUUGAGCUGCAGGUAAAGAGCAGUGCACUUGAAGGAGAGCUUGCUUCAGCUAAAGAAAAAAUUAUGCAAUUGGAAGAUCAAUUUAGGUCUGAGAUACCUGUAAAGCAGGAUUGUAAAAGUAUGACUUCAUCUCCGAAGUCUGAUAAUUUAGAUCUCCAAGUAGAAAUUGCAAGGCAGUCAGAUGAAAUGCAAGCUCUAAAGGUCAAGUACAAUAAAGCUUUGCUCAGAUUGAAGCAGCUGAAGUCUGAGAAGUCUUCUUCAAGCUCCAAGGACUCAACUGGAGAAAGAAAUCUUGAUGCUGAAAAUCGGGACCUGCAGGAGAAAUUAGAGCUUCUGGACAAAGAGAAUCAGGAGUUACAAAUGAAGCUUGAAGAGGCAAUGACUGAAAUACGGUCAAGGAAAGCAGCUGCAGGAGAUGCUCAUCCUGAAGAUGAGAUGAGAUCUGAUCUGGAGAAGAAAUUGCUUGAUAUUGAGGAACUGACCAAGAAACUCCAUGACACAGAGGAAGAGAAACAACUCAUCCGCCAGACUUUCAAUUCAGAACUCCAAGAGCUGCACCAGCUGAUCCAAGGACAGCAAAGUGAAAUCCAGGAGAAGGACCAGAAGCUCAUGGUUAUUCAAUCUACUGUUUCACAGAUUGAAACCACACUUGAAGAGACUCAGCACUCACUCAAUGUUGCAAAUGUGGAGAAAGCAGGUCUUGAAGAACAGCUUCAGACAGCUCUGCAGCUUGUUGCUUCUGAAAGAAAUGAAAAGAAUCAUGUUAAAGCUGCUAUGGAGGAAAGUUUUGAGCAGCUGCAAGCUAAGCAGCAAUCAUCUUUAGAAACUCUUCGAAGAGUAGAGAAGGAGCGGGAUGAUAUGAAGCAACAACUAGAAUCAUUGUCUUUGGAGAUUGAGCCCUUACGGGUUACCUGCAACGACCUUGAAGGAUUCAGAGAAAGCUAUAGUGCUGUGUGCAGUGAAAAAGAAGUCCUUCAGCAGGCAAUAGCAACUCUCCAAAUGCAGUUGUCAAAUUUGCAUAUUUCCAUUGAAGAGAAUGAAAUCCUGCGAAAGCAGCUCCAGCAUUCCAUGGAAGCAGUGGUUGAAGAAAGAGAUUCUCUGAAGGCAAAGCUGGACAUUGCAUCAGCAGAGAUGCCUCCUUUGUAUGCAGUAUCUGAGGAGCGGAAUUCCCUGCAAGAACGCCUUCUGUCAGCUCUGUCAGAAUUGGAAAUCCUCAAAUCCGCUGCAGCAGUGCACACUGUGACAGAACAGCGACACAUGCUCUCUGAAAGUAGUCUGGAAGCAGAUCUCCAGGCCCAGAAGGAGGAAAAAGAUGCUAUCAGCCAGCACCUGCAGGAAAUUGAACAAGAAUUGGGAACAUUGAGGAGUGAAAAUUCUGAACUCCAAUUCCUGAAUGAAAAUAUGCAAGGUGAAAUUUCAGAACUCACAAAGAGUAAGAGUAUUACCCAGUUGAAACUGGAAGAGGCAUGGAAACUGAUAGAGCUUCUUGAAAAGGAGAAGGUAACUCUAACCAAGGAUUUGGAUGAACAAAUCACUCAAUCCCUAGAAACCUCCAUGCAGACACAAAUCCUCCAAACCGAACUGGAGACACUAAGGGUUCAUGCAAGCAUGAACGAAGAGGAGAAGACACGCAUGCUGGAACGUAUAGAUACCCUCGAAGAAGCAAAUGCAAAAUUUUUUGAAGCAAAGGAGGCUCAGGAGGAGACAUUGACUAAGCUGAAGCAAGAUUAUGAACAACUGCAAAGUCAUGCAAAUGAACUGCAGCAGAAAAUUGCCAGUUAUGACAUCCAAAUUAAUAGUGCCACCUCACAGGGCAGUGUUGUAGAAGCAGAGAAGGAGAAGCACAUGAAGCGGUUGCAGGAGUUGGAUGCCCUUGUCAUGAUCCUCCAAGAUGAUUUGGAGAAAUCUCAAACAGAGAAAGAGGUACUGGAAAAGGAGAAUCAGGAAAUGAAGCAGCAGUGUGAGACUUUGGCAUCUGAAACUGAAACUUUGCAGUCAUGGUUGGGAAAAUUCAAGGAUUCUAAUGUGAAUCAUCAGAGUAAGGAAACCAAUUUGGAAACAGAGAACCGGGAACUAAUGCAUAAGCUUUUAGAAUAUGAGAGUCAUCACAAAGACCUACUGGCCAUGGAGGAAGCCAAACAACAGGUGGAAUCUUCAUAUGAGAGCUUACGUGUUUCUUAUGAUUCCAUGUACUCAGACUACACAGAACUCCAGAAUCAGUAUGACAAUGUGAAAUUGGAGCAUGAUGUUGCAGUUGCUGAGUUGGCAAAGUUGAGGCACGAUAAUGAAGACCUCCAACAUAAGAUUGAGACUCUGGCGAGAGAGGAUGAGGCCCUGAAGGAUAGCACUGAUCAGUUGAGUGUUCUAAGAUCAGAAUUGGAGAUUUUGAAGAACCAAAAGGAUCAAUUGGAAGAGAACCAGAAGGAAUGGGAAACUUUGCAAACCCAAUGUGAGACCCUCAAUGCAGAGAAGGUAAUACUGAAGGCAAAAGUGGAAGAAUUGGAAGUGAAAUGCCAUGACAUGGAGGUAUAUGACAUUCAGGAGAGAGAAAAAUUGGAAAAGGAACUGGAGGAACAGGAGAGAAGAAUUGAGGACUUGAGCCAAGAGUUGUCCAAUAGGGAGAUGAAUGCAAAUGAAUUUCACCCAUUUGAAGAUCAGAUUCGGCUUCUGCAAGAAGAAGUGGAUGAAAAGGAGAAGGAGCUACUUGCCAUCAAGGCCACUAUGCAGAACCUGAAAAAUAAGGUUGAGAGCCAGGACAGAGAUUUGACUGAGAAGAUAGACUACAUUGCAGCCCUGGAAGAAGAAGUAGCUGAGUUACGGAGUCAGGCUGCAGAACUUGACCUUCCUCAUGAAGAACUUUUCAACAGAAGUCAGGACUUGGAAGAUGAGAUCAGUGAGAAGAACUCCAUCAUCAAGGACCUGAAAUAUGAGGUGGCUGCACUGAAAGAAGAAGUUGCCGAAGUUCAAGAGACCAUGGAGAAGGAAAUUGCUAGAAGGGAAGAAAAAUUGAAGGAUAUGGAAGAACGUCUGCAAGUCAAAAUGGCUCAAGGGUUUAAGGAGAGUGAAUUGCAGCAGAAAUUUCAGCGAAUGUGUCAAGAAUCUUCUGAGAAAGAUCAGGAAAUACUACGUCUUGGCUCCCAGCUCAAUGAUCACAGGACUAUGGCCAAACCCCUCAUGGACAAAAUUGUGUACCUGGAACAAAUAUUAGAUUGGUAUAAGAAUAACUGUGGGGAUCUGUCUCCUCCUGAUGUGCCAGCUGAAGUGGAUGUUAUGUCUGUGUCUGUUUCGGAUUUGGCACGUCUUCGUGAAGUUCAAGCUCAGGUGAGACUGUUGAGUGGAGAUAAUAGGCGUCUGCGGCAGGAGAAUGACGACCUCGGUGAGAAAGUACACAUCCUAACUGAUCGCUGCAGUGUUCUCCUGAAUGAAACUCAGGAGAAAUGGGGGCAACAGGGUGAUGAAGACUUUGAAGCCCUUAGACAUGAACUGGAAACAACUUUGCACAUUCUGAAAGCAAGGGAUGCCAAGUUGGAGGAAUUGAACCAUGAAAUUGUCAGGCUCAUGGAGGAAAGGGAUUCACUUCAGCUACAGCUUUCAAGUACACUGAGGAGGGAGUAUAUGCUACGUAAAACCAUGUCAAAUGAAAAGGAAGGAGAAUAUCCUUCUAUCAAUACAUCAGAUCCUGAUGUGUUCCAUAAGAUGAAAAGGACUUCCUCUGCUGGCCGGUCUCCACAUACCCCAGCUGCUGCAGCCGCUGCCAAUCUCCUACCUGACCAACAAGUUACAAUAACUCGGGAACCAUCCUCUCCUUCUCAGAGAAUAAUGGGCCUGUUUGUUAAGAGAGGCCCUCCUCGAGUGGUUCGGCAUGUGUGAUACCUUCCAAAGUCAGAUGGAUAUUGUGAAAAACAGAUUCUGGUGCUGUGGACAAUGUGCCUUGGCUAUUUGUGGGUUCACAACAAAGGUAUUUAUUUUUCCAAGUUAUUUUCUCUGCCCUGUUGAUCUAUUCUGAAGUUCAGGAGCCCUAUGAAAGUAGAUAAGAAAGCAUGUUUUAGACAUACCACUGAUAAAUUUCUUGAAAAACAGCUGGGUUCACCUUGAAUCUUCAUCCUUUUCAAGGUAGCUGAAAACUCUCAUGAACUUGGAAAGUUCUUCACAUGUUUGUUCCAUUCUGAGCUUUAUUUCAUUUGCGGUUUCAUGAAUCCUUUGUUUGGAGCAUUCCAGGGCAGAGGGUGGUUAUAUUCAUGUUUUGAUGCCUUCCCCAAAUUCAUGUAUGGAUAAGUUACUUUGUGAUCACUGUGCCCACAUAGACCUUUUUUUUUUCAAAGCAUAAUCUAUUGCCAAUAGGCAUACCAAUAUUACAUUCAGCAUGAGUCCUCCAUCAUAGGAAUGGAAUCAUGGGUUGUUAUUGAUUUCCAUC